AUGGCCCUUGCUAUCUGUAUCGUGCUAUUUUCUGUGCUCAUGAGCACACUAGCUAUGCCCAGAUCCCAGGAGAGUAGUUCUUACAAUUUCCCUUUCAUAACUCGAAGUGAAUGGGGGGCGAAUCCACCAACUGGUGUCGCAGUAUUACCUACUCCUGUAACGCAUGUGGUCAUCCAUCAUAGCUAUGAGCCAGGAGUCUGUUGGACGACAGACGACUGCAAGGCUGCUAUGAGAUCUAUGCAAAAUUACCAUCAAAACGGUCAAGGAUGGGCAGAUAUUGGAUAUAAUUUUGCAGUCGGCGGCGACGGUGGUGUAUAUGAAGGUCGAGGGUGGCAGACUGUGGGAGCCCAUGCUGUUGGUUACAACAUGCUCAGUAUUGGAAUAUGUCUCAUUGGAAACUGGGUUUCGGCGUUACCACCACAAGUACAACUUGAAAACACGAGAAGGUUGAUCGCUGCAGGCGUCGAACGAGGCUUCAUCUCUCCAAACUACAGACUGAUCGGUCACCGUCAAGCUACAGCCACGGAAUGUCCAGGAGACGCUCUCUUCAGAGAAAUUUCAACGUGGAAUAAUUUUUCUACUGCUUAA